AUGCCCAAUGCAGGCUUUGAAAUUGGCGACACACGACGAUACAGCAAUAAUGGCCGAAGGGUGGAGGCUUGCUUGAUAGCGACCAAGGACUGGCAUGUCGGUGAUGAAAUGCGGUUAUUGACGGGCAUGAUUGCGUGUCUUGAUCCAAAACAGGAUGCCGAAUUGAAAAAAGGAAAUCGCGAUAUCAGUGUCAUGUGGUCAUCGAGAAAAGGUUGCAAUUGUCUGUUCCUUGGUCCGGCGCGAUUUGUGAAUCAUGACUGCGAUUCCAAUUGCAAGUUUAUUGCUUCAGGACAAAAUACCAUCACCUUUAAAGUCAUCAAGGAAAUUAAAUGUGGCGAAGAAUUAACCUCGUUCUAUGGUAAACACUACUUUGGUGAAAACAACUGCGAAUGUCGAUGUGUCACAUGCGAACGGCGCAGUACCGGUUACUUUGCAUCGCCCGAUAAGCCUGUCGCAGAAGAAUAUAUUACCAGCAAAAGUGGAAGAAGAAGCACGCGAAAAAGGAAAUCGGCUUUCUACGAAGGUAAUUUUUUUUCAUGCACCCCAUCUGAGGUAGGGUGA